UAUAAGAGAGAAGAAUUAUUUGUAAAACAGUCGUGAUGCUGAUGCGUUGCUAAUUUAAUUCGGUUUUUGCUUACAAAAAUAAACCCAGCUAUAAUUAACUUACAAUGUUUAGUUUCGGAGAAACGGGAGGUUAAUAUAAGGAGGCGAUUAGAAGCAACAGAACAUCUUUAGGUGACAAUAUUAACGGUUCAUAUUUGAAGAUCCGAGGCCUUUUGAAAUGGAUGUGAGCAUUGCUGUGUCACUGAUUCGGGGUCAGAUGGGCACAGUCGUGGAGCGAGCUGUGAAUAUGGCAGUGGAGACGGUGUUGGCCGAGAUGCUCAAAGUGGUUGGAGUGAAGUUUGAGGAGCUGAAAGCUCAAGUGGUGGUGAUGAAGAGGGAUGUCAUGGCACUGCAAAGGGAGAAGGCCUUAAAAGAGAAGGAGAAUGACAACAUUCGAGCCAAGCUGCGGUACACUGAGCUGAAGCUCAAGUACUACAGGCAGGGCGUGGAGGAGGAGCUGCAGCAGAGAGUAUCGGCCUCUGCGCUAGUUCGUGUCCAGCCUCCUGCCUUUACCCAGUUGCAGAGGGAUGAGGCAAGCAGCUCAGCUACAGAGGUGCCUUUGUCACGUUCAGCUCAGAAAGCUACAGAGGAAGUACUAUUAAGGAGCAACCAAGAAUGCACCUCCUCAGUUAGCACAAGCAGACAAGCAGCCAGAGUUAGCUGUCCUUCAGAUGGAGCAAGCUCAGACUCAUCAGACCUACUGCUUCCACCCACUCUUACUGUGAACAUGCCUGCAGAAACUCUGGACAGCCGCGCAGGUACGGAACAUGUAUAUACCUGGGCUGCUGCACACCUUUCUCCUGAAAGAAGUAUUACUGUGUCCUGCUCAGCACAUUCACCCAGGGUUCUAAACCACAGCUCCGUUUUAUUUAGUCAUUCAAAGCGUGAUGUGGCUCAGAGGAAGAAUGCAGAUCAGGGUGUGGAAUGGACCAUCACCAUGCAGCCUCAAGCAGAAAGAUCUGCCGAGGCUCCUCCUUCUGUUAGGACCCUGACGUUCUUGUCAGGGCAACAGUCACCGCCUGUCCCAUUGUCCCCAGAGGGCUUGACUCAGGCUGACCGCUCCAUGCUGUUCUUUUCUGCUCCAGAGGUGAAGCAGGAGGUCCCGCCAUUGCAGGAGGAAGAUGAAGAGGAGGAGGUGAUAUGUAUUAAGGAGGAGCCAGCAGAGCAGCAGGAAGUUAUGGCCACCCUACUGCUGGACUGCCAGGCGGAGCAGGGUCAAGCCCCAGAGUCAGAGGCCCAAAGGUUGGUGACAGAACCAACAAGACCCUCAGCAAGCCAGAUAAACCCUGGUUCCAGUUUCAGCACAGCUGGACAAUGCAUCUAUGCACUGCCUCUGUUGGCUGGCGCCCUGCCCUCCAGUGCAGCCAUGCAUUCUAGUGUCCUGCCCCGCCAGGCGGUGCGGCCCUGGACCAAAGACCUGAGUCUUUAUGAAGAAUACAAACUGCGGCGGAAUGAGCUGCGAAGGAGAAACCUGAACAGACGCAGGGAGCUGGAGAAAAGUCUGCCUCAGCCGCUUCUGGCAGAUCUGGUGCGUGAGCGUCGAGAGAAGACCAGACUGAGAGUAGCAAGAUGGAGAGCAAAGAGGAAACUCCAGGCCUGUCUGAACCAGACUCAGGCUCACGGGGACGCUGCAGUUCUCGCUCAGGCUUGUGAUCCUGUCAGUAGUCAGCGUCAGCAGCACAGAAGUCCUUGUGUUUCCAGCAUCCAGCAGAGACAGAACUCAGGUUCUCCUCACGCUAACAACUUCCUCAGCAAUGUUUCUGCAAACAUCCCCACCAUUCUGCCAGCCGUCGCUUCCUCCUCCCUGAUCCUCCGAGGCCCCAACAUGGCCCCACAUGAGCAUGCUGUCACAUCAUCAUCUUCCUCCUCCUAUGACCGGGUCAGCCAAUCACCGCGGAGCAUCUUGCUGACGGAUGUACAUAUAUCACAGUAAACCUCAUUUAAAAAACAGCACAGUCAGCAUGCUAGCAUGGAGUUUAUUUCAGGCUUUAUAGAAGGUUAGGCUGCAGAGCAAAAUUACAAGCACCUUCACCACAUCCAAAGGAAAGUAAUAGGGCACCAAUACUAAAAUAUGUUCAGCCAGAACCUGAAAUUCAAAGCAUGUGAAAUAAAUUGUUACACAUAAAAUGAACAUGUUCAUAAUCAUAUGAUAAGCAGAUUAGCUGGUGCACAGGUGAUUUCUGUAUUAUUCAGAAAGUAACACUAAUGAUGUUCUACAUACUCAUUGUUAAUGUAAUAAAAAUACAAUUCCAAUAAAUAUUGUGUCCUCAAA